AUGGCGUCUGCAAGAGCCAGAAAAGAAGGCUGCUCCCCGGCAUGCAUGGAGCUGUGGGUUGAAGUGCCGAAUUCCAGACCCCAGCCACCCUCGUUCCCUGCACGCUCCCGCCCUCCGUCCCUCACGCGCUGGCUGGAUGACGUGGUUGGUGGUGGCGCGGCCGCUCAGUCGGAGCCUGAGCCGCGCGGGCGCAGGGGACGGCGCGGGGCUGCUGGUGGCCACAGCUGCGUCGGGGACGGACUACACCGGUGCUCGGGGUCGCGGGCAGCUGCGCGUGGGCCGAGUGGUGGGCGCGGCGUAAGAACAAAUCUUCGUGAUAUUCCACACCUGUGUGCUGAAGACUUUGACCAAAGCUGCUGUAGGGAAUUGGCAUCCCGGGAAAAGGACGGCUUCCAAAAUCAGGGAAACUUUCAGGAGAUUCCAGGCCCAGUGGAUCUUCUGAAAAGCAAUGCCAAGACUUUUGGUUUAAAGAAGUCAGAGGAAGAACAAUCUCUUCAAAUAAGAAGAUCUUCUUCAAAGCCACUCAUUGAACAGAUGAAUGAGCCCUUCUACCACACGACCCUGAUUAGCCACUCACUUAUUCAGCUGAGUGCUAAUUAUGUGCCAGGCGCCGUGCUAAGUGCAUGA